AUGAAAUAUCAACAACAGUCUCAAGCUCAGUUAAUGCAUCAAGAUGUUUUUGAACAGUUAAUGCAUGGACAAUCAAAACUUGAUCCUUCUAGAAAUAACUUGUUAGAUCAGGUCAUGAAAAAACUCAGCACCGCUGCGGAACACCCUCGAGCUUUACAUCCAUCGCUCUCCUCCGCUGUUAAAGAACUUGUCGAAAAUAGCUUAGACGCCGGCGCCACCAGCAUCAAAAUCUCUCUCAAAGACUUCGGUGAAGAAUGGUUUCAGGUCAUCGAUAGCGGUUGCGGCAUUUCCCCAAACAAUUGCAAGGUUCUUGCACUGAAGCAUCAUACUUCAAAAUUAUCGGAAUUUCAUGAUCUUCAGUCUCUUAUUACUUUUAGCUUUAGAGGAGAGGCAUCGAGUUCUCUUUGUGCUCUUGGAAACUUGACGGUUGAAACGAAAACCGCGCGGCAAGUUGGAACGACUGUCACAGUUAAAAAGUUGUUCUAUAAUCUUCUGGUGCGAAGCAAAGAGUUUAAGCGGAACAUUCACAAGGAAUAUGGCAAGUUGGUUUCUCUCUUGAAUACAUAUGCCCUUAUUGCAAAAGGUGUUCGAUUUGGUUGUACCAACACUACUGGCAAAAAUGCAAAGCCUGUGGUACUUAAGACACAAGGAAAUGAUUCUCUAAAAGAUAACAUCAUAAAAGUGCUUGCUAUGAACACUUUCAACUGCUUGGAACCCAUGUCAUUAUGUAUAUCUGAGAGUUGCGAAAUUGAUGGUUUUCUCUCCAAGCCUGGACUCGGCAAAUCAAAGGAACCAAGGGAGAUGUUACUGUCUUAA